AUGGUUCACGGGCAAAUGCAUUACGUGAGCUGGGUUAAAGACGGCUGUCGACAGUUUGCUCCCGACAACCUGCAGCCACAUGGACUAGAUUUAGAGGUUCUCCGCUCUUUCUUCAUUUUACAGAUGAAUCCACAUGCAGUUGCGGAGAUUGCGCCCGGCGACAGAGCAGAAUGGACGCGUGCAACCAUAUACAGGCAGUGUCGGGCGGCGGCGCCCUCUCCCGGCGGAAGCCCCGUCAGCACUGGCAUAUCCUCUGUCUCUAAUUCGCGUUUUCCUCGCAGCAUUUUGUCCCCGCGAUCUGCCGCGCUUUCAACUCUCAAGCUUCCGUUUUCCUUUCUGCGUUUACCUUGGAGAAAGUUCGAAGUGAACGCGCCCACCCGUGGGGCGGUCGAAGCCUCCAGCGUCAAAAGCCACGGCGAGACUUCGGCCGCUUCGAGCCUCGCGGGCCUCGGCGCAACCGAUGAGGACGGCGACGCUGAGGAGGCUGUGGGCCUUGUAGAUGAGGAACUCAUGGGGGAAGAGAAGCUUAUCCCGCUGGAGCAGCGAAUGGUGCUGGCGCGCCAACUUCUGGAGGGCAGCGAGGCGUACAAUGAGUCCUUCUCCAGCGACGAAGACUGGUUCGACAGCGCUCGCGUUUCAUCCCCACUUGGCUUCCCUGCGAAAACCACGCUCGAGCUCGGCUUCCCCACGAACCGCACUGCGCGUGAACCUGCAGACUUGCACGGCUCGGAAGGCUCAGACGAGUUCGAGGAUCACGGACCUGCGUCCACCCUCGUACCCACGGUCAAGUCUCCCCACCGGCAGGGCGGUGUGAAAAGCGCCGUCGACUCCAGCGUUGACAGCAUCCAGCACCAUGGGCCAUCGCCGAAGUCCUCGCCCACCACCCCUGCCGCCGCUUCACCUUCUCACGCCGCAGGAGGCGCGCGAACGCAAAAUACGCGACAGGAAGCUGGAUCCAGGGAAGGUCGGACCCAACGAAGGCUCGCAGGUCAAGAGGGUGCCGCGCGGAAAACAGGGCGGCCGGUGCUUACAGUGCACACUGGUGGAAACGCUCCCCCCGUCGUAACUGACGCUCGAUUCAAGAUGCCUUCUACCACCUUGAAGAGUCUAGUCACCCCCCAGGACCCUGGCGAGUGGACUGCCGAGAAGGAAGAGUUCGAGAGAAGCUAUCCUCUCCAUACGCCCAUUCAAGUUCGCUCCACACGCACAAACGAGAAGUUCAGCGUCCAACUCGAAGACGUCCUCGGCGCAGGUGGCUACGGAGUCGUUUUCUCAGCACGAGACCUCAGGACAGGUCAAGGCAUCGCUCUGAAGGUCUUCCGCAUUCGCCCAGACCAGCGUCGGGAAGAGAGCAAAGAAGACGUGAUUCUGAGACGUCGAGUGCAGUCGGAGUUGGCGAUCUGGGAGUACGUCCCUCGAGGCAUCGAACCUAAGCAAUGGAGCGAAAUGUCUCAUUUGGUCAUUCCCUUUGAUGUCAUCGAAGUUGUUACGCCUUGCGCGACGCCUCCGAUGGAUCAGACUCGAUACGCGAGCGAGUGGGUCGUGAUGGAUCUCUUUGCAGGCGAUGUGGCGCGGAUGCCGAAGAUCAUGGCGGCGGAUCCAAGCGUCAAGCUGGAAGUAACGGAGCAAGUUUUUCUGGCAAACAUGUAUUUGCAUGAUAUGGGUCUGGUGCACUCGGACAUCAAGCUCCCCAACUAUUUCAUCAGCAUCGACGGACGAAUUUUCCUCGGGGACCACUCCCUCGCAAGCCCUACUGGGGAAAAUGUCCCAUGCAUGUGGGGAACACUCCGUUACCUUCCUCCGGAGAACAUGAAAUGCAUCAGCGACGGCCGAAAGCGCAUCAUGACCACGGAGAGAAAAGACGUCUGGGCUCUAGGAGUUGUGUUAUACAAACUGUGGUGCAAUCAACAGUACCCGUACGAGAUGGGAGAGCUGUGGUCCAAAGACCUUUUUGUUCGAACGGCGCGCGCACACGUCGAUGAGUUGGACCUAACUCUCUGCGAUGGUCACGUCACGAUCUCUAUCCUGAGUCUCCUCCGCACCAUGCUGACCCCGAAUGCCAGUCGCCGCCCAACGCUCCGAGAAAUCUACAAAUUCCACCCUGUCUUCAAGCAGCGGAAAAGCAUGAUUCUCCAAAAGAAGACUUUGGUGUCCAUCUUGAAGGAAGUCGAUCACAAGAAAGGAGAAAACCCGGGGGCCGGCGGUGGCGCGCAAGCAGGCAGCGACAUCGGCUCGACAGAAGAAGACUAG